AUGUCUACCUUAGUACUUGCCUAUACUGGGCCGUCCACCGUUGGUUGGCGUUUCUGCAUGUCCGGCUCGUCCCAAUUGACUAUGGGUGGCUUGACAAUCCCAUAA